CGGAAGAUGGGUUUUCACGUGCAGUUGUAGAAAGCUCCAGAUGAUCAUGGCCGCCUAUGUUAGGAUGGCAGGGACCGCAAGACAGCUGCAGAGAAAUUCUGCUCUUGUUGUAAAGCUAAACUGGCCCGGAGUUGUCUCCCGUUUGACAUCAUCCCCGCUCCGGUUCCAGCCAUCGCGGUUCUACACCAGCAUCGGGACCUCACAGAGAACAUGCUUCUCUACCGCAGCAGGGACCGCUGGCAGCAGGCUGACCCUCGGAACUCACCGGUGGAUGCGUGUCGGGGCCGUUACACACUUCCAAACCACUCUGCCCACCCCGACCUGUGGGCCCUACAUGGUUCAGGGUAGGAUGUAUGGGAACCGGACCAAUGCAGGCUUCUCUGGAGAGGACGGAGGAGACAGCGCAGGCUCCGGGGGGGAAGAGCCUGGGGGAGACGGCGGGGCACCUUAUAACGGAGUUCAGAUGACGGCUCUCACCCCCAUGAUGGUCCCUGAAGUGUUUCCCAAUGUUCCGCUGAUAGCCGUUAGCAGGAACCCGGUGUUCCCCCGCUUCAUCAAGAUCAUCGAGGUUAAAAACAAAGCUCUGAUGGAACUGUUGAGGAGGAAGAUCCGUCUGGCUCAGCCGUACGCUGGAGUCUUCAUGAAGAGAGAUGAUGCUAAUGAGUCAGAUGUAGUGGAGUCUCUAGAUGCCAUCUACACCACAGGAACCUUCGUUCAGAUUCAUGAGAUGCAGGACUUGGGAGACAAGCUGAGGAUGAUUGUUAUGGGACAUCGCAGAAUCCGGAUCACAAAACAGCUGGAGGUGGAGCCUGAAGAGGCAGCAACAUCCCCUGCAUGGUCGGAGUCUGAGCCAGAGUCCAAUCAAAAACCUCUAUCGAGGCGCAAAACCAAACGCAGCCGCAAGGACCAGCCAGGUUCUCUGCCGGAGCAGCUAGAGGACAAGAUAUCAGAGGCAGACCUGAGUCCAGAGCUUCAACCUUUACCAUCCUCCGACAUCCUGAUGGUUGAAGUGGACAAUGUUGUACAUGAACAGUUUACCGUCACCGAGGAGGUCAAGGCACUGACAGCAGAGAUAGUGAAGACCAUCAGAGACAUCAUUGCACUCAAUCCCCUCUACAGAGAGUCAGUCCUUCAGAUGAUGCAGGCUGGUCAAAGAGUGGUUGAUAAUCCCAUCUAUCUCAGUGACAUGGGGGCAGCUCUGACGGGAGCUGAGUCACAUGAACUACAGGACAUCCUGGAGGAGACUAAUAUUCCAAAACGUCUCUACAAGGCUCUGUCUUUACUCAAGAAGGAGUAUGAGCUGAGUAAACUGCAGCAGCGCUUGGGCCGUGAGGUGGAAGAGAAGAUCAAACAGACCCAUAGGAAAUACCUGCUGCAGGAGCAGCUCAAGAUCAUUAAGAAGGAGCUGGGUCUGGAAAAAGAGGACAAAGACGCUAUUGAGGAGAAGUUUCGAGAGAGACUCAAAGACAGGACAGUCCCUCAGCACAUAAUGGACGUGAUCAACGAAGAACUCAACAAGCUGGGUCUUCUGGACAGCCAUUCAUCAGAGUUCAAUGUAACCCGUAACUACCUAGACUGGCUGACCAGCAUGCCCUGGGGUACCAACAGUGAAGAGAACCUAUCACUGGAGAGAGCCAAAGAAGUCCUGGAAGAAGACCAUUACGGAAUGGAUGAUGUUAAGAAACGCAUAUUGGAAUUUAUAGCAGUAAGCCAACUUCGUGGCUCCACCCAGGGGAAGAUCCUGUGUUUCUACGGUCCUCCGGGUGUAGGAAAGACCUCCAUCGCCCGGUCUAUAGCCCGAGCCCUCAACAGAGAAUACUUCAGGUUCAGCGUGGGAGGCAUGACAGAUGUGGCUGAGAUUAAAGGGCACAGGAGGACAUAUGUUGGAGCAAUGCCUGGAAAGAUUAUUCAGUGCCUGAAGAAAACCAAAACAGAGAACCCACUGGUGCUGAUAGAUGAGGUGGAUAAGAUAGGUCGUGGUUACCAGGGUGAUCCGUCCUCUGCUCUGUUGGAGCUUCUGGACCCUGAACAGAAUGCUAACUUUCUUGACCACUACCUGGAUGUGCCUGUAGAUUUGUCAAAGGUUUUAUUUAUCUGCACGGCCAAUGUGAUUGACACCAUCCCAGAGCCACUCAGAGACAGAAUGGAGAUGAUCAACGUGUCUGGAUAUGUGGCCCAGGAGAAACUGGCUAUUGCUGAGCGUUACUUGGUGCCUCAGCUGCGCUCACUCUGUGGUCUGACAGAGGACAAGGCUUCAAUCUCGUCUGAUGCUCUCAGUCUGCUCAUUAAGCAGUACUGCAGGGAGUCUGGAGUGAGGAACCUACAGAAACAAAUUGAAAAGGUUUUCCGUAAGGUGGCGUUCUGUAUAGUGAGUGGUGAACAAACCAGAGUGAUGGUUGCUCCUGAAAACCUGCAGGACUUUGUGGGUAAACCUGUUUUCACGGUGGAUCGCAUGUAUGAUGUCACUCCACCAGGAGUGGUAAUGGGGCUGGCAUGGACCGCGCUGGGAGGAUCAACAAUAUUCAUUGAGACUUCAGUCCGCCGGCCUUCAGGAGGAGUGGACUCUAAAGGAGAGGGGUCACUGGAGGUAACAGGUCAGCUGGGUGACGUCAUGAAGGAAAGUGCAAAGAUCGCUUCAACCUUUGCCAGAUCAUUCCUCAUGACCCAGGAACCAGAGAAUCACUUCCUCAUCAACUCCCACCUGCAUCUACAUGUGCCUGAGGGGGCAACUCCUAAAGAUGGACCAAGCGCCGGGUGCACCAUUGUCACAGCACUCUUGUCCCUGGCAACCAAUAAGCCAGUGCGUCACAAUGUAGCCAUGACUGGUGAGGUUUCUCUAAUGGGCAAAAUACUGCCAGUAGGAGGGAUCAAAGAGAAGACAAUUGCUGCCCGGCGGGCUGGUGUGACCUGCAUCAUCCUUCCAGCUGAGAACAGGAAAGAUUUCUCUGACCUGCCGGACUACAUCACUCAGGGCUUGGAGGUCCACUUUGUGGAUCACUACAGCCAAAUCUACCCCGUCGUCUUUCCACAGAACCAGUCUUAGCCUUUUUUCAACUACAGCUCUACAACCUGACUAAACUAGAUGGCACCUGACAGCUCAGAGCCUGUUUCUGAUUGUGCGUAGUGAAAUCCACUUAUUACUUUUCAACGCCCCGCUGUGGAGAAUGGCACUACAUUACCUGUUUCAAAAUCACAGUGGAGCAGCAGGCCUGUUGAUCCCUCACAUAAUUAUGUUUCAGUUUUCACAGAAUCCUUGACUGUAGGACAUGAAGACAGUCAUGUGAUGAGACAGCACGAACUGGAACAUGCCAAAAAUGAACAUGGAAAGUUCAUUUUGUCAUGGGUGGUGAUAACCCAUGACUCUCACUGAUAAGACAAAGUGGUGACUUUGCUGCCAGGCAGCUGUGGUUGGACUCUGAUACAUUUCUUAUAUUUAUAUUAUACCAGCUGUAAGGAUGUUGAUGUUGAAAUAAAUUCAACAAUAAGCAGUCAUAACUUAUUAAUGCUGUGUCCUAUUCUACCCCACCUCUGAAUGUGUGAAGGGAUUUUAAUGGAUUUAGGUUUGAUUCAAUUGAAUAAAGAAUUGUUAGACUGU